AUGCGCACUAACAAUCAGGCUAAGAGUAGAGUCCUUAGUGGUCAUGACAAAGCUCGUAGUGCAAAAGAGGCAAUUCGUGGCCCACACCAUGGAUCCAACUGGCUGGCGGGCUAUUUGCUGGAGCUGAUAUUUCUUACUGAGAAUGUCUUUGUCUUCCACGCGAUCGCCGAAGCCUUUCAGCUGUCCCGGGCUGCAGUGUCUGGCUGCUUGACGGUGGUGGCCUGGGGCCAGAUCGCCUUUGAUGCUGUCUUCUUCAUGGGCCUGGCGGAGUGGCUGAGGUCUUGGAUACUGCUGCCCUACCUCCUUGGCUCGUGGCUUCUUUGCCUUGGCCUCUAUGUUUUGAGCCACUCGCACGAGGAGCCUGGCCUUGAAGCCAACGCAUCUGUUGCAAGUAGUCCUGCUGCUUCGGAGACUUCUCAAAGUCCGGUGGCCGACAUGGUGAGGAAUGUCACGGGCAACCGCGUUGCUGUGGACACGCAGGAAGAGACAGGAUACUUCGUGGUGAAGGCCUACGAGCAUCUUAAAGUGUCAGUGCUCGACGUUGCAACAGCGAUACUUCUGCUGGCUGACUUCAUGUUGGACAUCGAUGUUGUGCUGACCAAAAUUGAGGAGAUACCAAACUCUUACCUGGCAUUCAGCUCCUCGGCCAUGGCGGCGUUUCUGAUCCCAGAGCUUUUUGCCUUGAGCCAGGACAUGCUGGGCUGUUUCCCACUGCUUCACUAUGGGAUUGGAGUGGUUCUAUGUUUCUUCGGCCUGCAGAUGCUUUUCGCUUGGGCCUACGAGAUCCAGCCCUUGGUAGCCUGCUCCGUGGUUGUCGCAAUCCUGGCGGGCUGUGUGCCCGGAAGCUGCACUCUUUGA